CCUCGGCGGCGGCGGCGUCUCCAGCGCCUGCCCCGGGCCGGCCGCGUCCCGCAGCCGUCGGGCAUGGAGCCGUGGAAGCAGUGCGCGCAGUGGCUGAUCCACUGCAAGGUGCUGCCCGCCAACCACCGGGUGACCUGGGAGUCGGCGCAGGUCUUCGACCUGGCGCAGACCCUCCGCGAUGGAGUCCUGCUCUGCCAGCUGCUCAACAACCUCCGGGCGCACUCCAUCAACCUGAAGGAGAUCAACCUGAGGCCCCAGAUGUCCCAGUUUCUCUGUUUGAAGAACAUACGGACAUUUCUCACGGCCUGUUGUGAAACAUUUGGAAUGAGGAGAAGUGAACUCUUUGAAGCCUUUGACCUGUUUGAUGUUCGUGACUUUGGGAAGGUUAUAGAAACAUUAUCACGGCUCUCUCGUACACCAAUAUCAUUGGCCACAGGAAUCAGGCCUUUUCCGACAGAAGAAAGCAUUAGUGAUGAAGACAUCUACAAAGGCCUUCCUGACUUAAUAGAUGAAACUCGUGUGGAAGAUGAAGAAGAUCUCUAUGACUGUGUCUAUGGGGAAGAUGAAGGCGGAGAAGUCUAUGAGGACUUAAUGAAAGCAGAGGAAGCACACCAACCAAAAUGUCCAGAAAAUGAUAUACGGAGUUGUUGCCUAGCAGAAAUUAAACAGACAGAAGAAAAAUAUACAGAAACUUUGGAGUCAAUAGAAAAAUAUUUCAUGGGACCACUAAAAAGAUUUUUGACACCAGCAGAAUUUGACUCAGUAUUCAUCAACAUUCCUGAACUUGUAAAAGUUCAUCGGAACUUAAUGCAAGAGAUUCAUGAUUCCAUUGUAAAUAAAAAUGACCAGAACUUGUAUCAAGUUUUUAUUAACUACAAGGAAAGAUUGGUUAUUUAUGGACAGUAUUGCAGUGGAGUGGAGUUGGCCAUCUCUAACUUAGACUGUAUUUCUAAGACAAAAGAAGACGUGAAACUAAAAUUAGAGGAAUGUUCCAAAAGAGCAAAUAAUGGGAAAUUUACACUUCGAGAUUUGCUUGUGGUUCCUAUGCAACGUGUUUUAAAGUAUCAUCUUCUUCUCCAGGAGCUGGUUAAGCAUACUACAGAUCCUGCUGAGAAGGCUAAUCUGAAACUGGCUCUUGAUGCAAUGAAGGAUUUGGCACAAUAUGUGAAUGAAGUGAAAAGAGAUAAUGAGACCCUUCGUGAAAUUAAACAGUUUCAGCUAUCUAUAGAAAAUUUGAAUCAGCCAGUUUUGCUCUUUGGACGACCUCAGGGAGAUGGUGAAAUUCGAAUAACCACUCUGGACAAACAUACAAAACAAGAAAGGCACAUCUUCUUAUUUGAUCUGGCAGUGAUUGUAUGUAAAAGAAAAGGUGAUAACUAUGAAAUGAAGGAAAUCAUAGAUCUUCAGCAGUACAAGAUAGCCAACAAUCCUACAACUGAUAAAGAAAAUAAGAAGUGGUCUUAUGGCUUCUACCUCAUCCAUACUCAAGGACAAAAUGGGUUGGAAUUUUAUUGCAAGACAAAAGAUUUAAAGAAAAAAUGGCUGGAACAGUUUGAAAUGGCUUUAUCUAACAUAAGGCCAGAUUUUGCAGACUCCAAUUUCCAUGACUUCAAGAUGCAUACCUUCACUCGGGUGACAUCCUGCAAAGUCUGCCAGAUGCUCCUGAGAGGAACAUUUUAUCAAGGCUAUUUAUGUUUUAAGUGUGGAGCAAAAGCACAUAAAGAAUGCUUGGGAAGAGUAGACAAUUGCGGCAGAGUUAAUUCUGGUGAACCAGGGCCGCUCAAACCACCAGAGAAACGAACCAAUGGACUCCGAAGAACUCCCAGACCUGUGGACCCAGGUUUGCCAAAAAUGCAGGUCAUUAGAAACUAUACUGGAACACCACCCCCAGCUCUUCAUGAAGGACCCCCCUUACACAUCCAGGCAGGGGAUACAGUUGAACUUCUGAGAGGAGAUGCCCACAGUCUGUUUUGGCAGAUUUUGUGUAUCAGAUACUUGUGGCCAGCAAUAACUGACAAGAGAACUGGAAAGACUUGGAAAAGGUGCUCAGAUAAACAAAAUACUCUGGUGGGUAGAAAUUUAGCAUCAGGAGAGGUUGGAUUUUUCCCAAGUGAUGCUGUUAAGCCUUCCCCAUGUGUGCCCAAACCAGUAGAUUAUUCUUGCCAACCCUGGUAUGCUGGAGCAAUGGAAAGAUUGCAGGCAGAGACUGAACUUAUUAAUAGGGUAAAUAGUACUUACCUUGUGAGACACAGGACCAAAGAGUCAGGAGAAUAUGCAAUUAGCAUUAAGUACAAUAAUGAAGCAAAGCAUAUCAAGAUUUUAACAAGAGAUGGCUUUUUUCACAUUGCAGAAAAUAGAAAAUUUAAAAGUUUAAUGGAACUUGUGGAAUAUUACAAGCAUCAUUCUCUUAAAGAAGGGUUCAGAACCUUAGAUACUACUCUGCAGUUUCCAUACAAGGAGCCAGAACAUUCAGCUGGACAGAGGAGUAAUAGAGCAGGCAACAGCUUGUUAAGUCCAAAAGUGCUGGGCAUUGCCAUCGCUCGGUAUGACUUCUGUGCAAGAGACAUGCGAGAACUGUCCUUGCUGAAAGGAGAUGUGGUGAAGAUUUACACAAAGAUGAGUGCGAAUGGCUGGUGGAGAGGGGAGGUGAAUGGCAGGGUGGGCUGGUUUCCAUCCACAUAUGUGGAAGAGGAUGAAUAAAUUCCAAUCCAGCAUUGCACCCUGCACCAGAAAUCUCAGAGAACGAAUAAACAGAGCUUGCACAGCAUUAUGAAUUACCUGAAGUGUUUAAAAAGCUGCACUUCUGGCUGUUCAACAUCUCCCUCCUUUUCCCCUCCUAAGUCUUAAUGCUGGGACUUCUAAAGAUGCUGGUACUGACAGAUUAAUGGCUUGCCUAGAGCCGUUCAAGAAACAGCUUGCCUGUCUGUCAUUGUCAGGGACCAGGGCAAGGCCAAAAGCUUUUCUUCCCCAAAGAACCCUGCAAACACAUCCGUUCAGAUUUAUCUUUACCCCCAUCAGGUCAGAUACCCUAGAUAUCAGCCACUAGCAAAUGUGUAUUUCUUUAUUUUCAUGUGCUAUUCCCCAGAACUUUUGGUGGUACAAAGAAGCCGAGAUUUAAUUCUGCUUUUCCUAGAUGAAAAAAAAAUUAAAGAGUCUUGCCAUUUGGGAAAGAUCCAGCAUUACUUGUCGUAAAUUGUCCAACAGGUGACUCAUUGCCCAGCAAAGAGUUUUAGCCUCAGAUGUUACUCAUGAUAAAAUAUAAAAGACAAAUGCUUAGGUUUGCGUCAUAAGUGAGAUAUUCCAGAAAGGUUUUAAUUACUCAUUUUAUGUUCUGAUUAUAUUUGCAUGCUCCUUUUUAUAAAAAGGGGAUAAAGCACAUGAAAGAGAGUUGUCUUCAUAUUAAAUUUUAUGAUUCCAUAGGGUUAUUUUGGAAACCCACUACUUGAUGAAAUAAUUCCGGCCAGGGAUAUUUUGUUUCCCAUAACCUGAGUAAGGUGGCAUUGUUUACAGAAGCAGAUCAAGGGCUAUAAUCUAUAGUAAAUAAUUUAAAGCAGCAGUAUCUGUUAACAUUAGCUUUUUCCUUCCCCCUGGAUAGAUCUGGAACAUAUUUGUUGAAUCCUGUAUUCUCUUGGAGUAUCUACAUGAGCACAAACAAGUUUGUUGAGAUUUUGGAAGGAAAGCACAUCUGGGUCCUUUAUGCAUUUCAGGGACAAAACGAGGGUCACUGGGCUUCUGUGGACUUGUGACUUUUCUGUCUUCCCUUUUGCAGGCCUUUCUAGGCAUGUGUUACCUAGCAGAAGAUGAGUUUUGCAGUACAUUAAUUUUACCAUGCCUUCAUAUUUUUAUGUGAGGAUCUAAAUACAUCCUUCUGGAAUGCCCAGAGUCUCCAGUUCAGGCAGUCAAGUUAAGACACGAACUUGGCCCUUUCCUCAUGAAAUAUUUCCUCCGCAGUGGAAGUGGUGUUCUGAAAAGAUUCAGAAAGUGUUUUAUAUUUGGGACAAAAAUUUGAAGCAUUAACUUCAUAGAGCCAAACUACGAACAUUCAGUUUUGAAAUUUUGGAUCAUGUCUGAAAUGAGGUGGCUAUGCCUGCUGUCUUCCCAGCACACUUGGGUGUCAGAACUUGAUGUUCAGUGGUCACGUACUCCCUGCUAGAUACCCUUGUAGGAUAGGACUCCUCAUCUAGAAUAGAUUCAGGACCUUUACCUCAGAAUUAUGUAAACUGUGAUUGUCUUUCAGAAAAUUUAUUAUUUGCUAAAAUCAGUUAAGUUUUUGUAUAUGUGUAAAUGACCAUGAAAAUGUAUUUUAUAAAAUGUUCUGUACAGUAGAGUUACACCACCCAGGUGAACUGUUGGAGUGGAUUCCUUCCUAUAAAGUCUUAUCUGCGACUGUGUCUUCGGAAUGUUAGUCUGUUACUGUCAGCCAAGUGUUAUUACAGAGAGUGCAGCUUCAUGCAAACUGAACUUCUCCUUCUUAUAAUAUUGUGGCAUAUAUUGUUUAUUUCCGUCAAUAGACUCUUCCUUUACACAUGGUAUGUGGUCUUCACGUUGUGUUUCAUUGGCCUGGAGGUUUCAUAGCAGAAGAUAUUAGAUCCCCAUUUUCAUGACAUUGCCAGUUAUGUCUUUGUCUAUGUUUAAUACUUUGUAUUGGAAACUUUAAAUGCUGCGGAUUUGUGUAGAUUUCUAAUACCAAAGACAGAAGUAAAUGUUUUUCAUAUACUUUGUCUUGCCUGUAUGCAGCCCUUGUGUAAUAUGGUGAAUUAGAAUGAUGUACUUUGUAAUAUUUUGUAAAUAUGUCAAUACAAUAAAUGGUUACUACUUACAAUAA